UGUGUAUUUGUUAAUCAAUUGCCAGCUGCAAGAAAUUAUAGGUUAGCUGUGUUAUGGAUAUGAAACAAACAAGUAACUUAACAAAUGUCGAUUAUUUACUGGUAAAGUUCAAGUUUUGCAAAGAAAUGUUAAGCCAAAUAGAAAUUACCCACAAAGGGUAAUUUGUGGUGAAGAAAAAAACUUUUGUGUAUAUUGCCAUGUUAUUAAUAUUUCAAAGCGAUAAAAAGGAUUGCACUCCAAAUAUUAACCGAAAUACGCCACUUCUGGUUAGUUUUUGUGUACCUUUUACAAUUUGAAGUCAAAAGCCACUUUUAUUUUGGAUACACCUUGCAUUGGUUAAACGAGGAACGUACACAAUGGAAUCCUCAGAUGAGCAACUAAGGCAGUUAACAACAUUAAAUAUUAGGAGCGACGAUAGAUAUGUACGGACCGGAAAAGUGGCAGCUUUGGUAGACAACUUACAACAGAAAGCGAGUGCUGCACUAAGUGAUGUACAUAACAAGGCGAAAGCGGCACCAUUCAUUCCACCGAAGCCAUUAAAAAAAUCAAUUGAAAUGCCUCAGGUGCCACUGAGCAAACUGGUUACGGACACCCGAGAACCGCUUUAUUCACAACCUUUGCAGAGUUUAGAAUUUUCUGGAAACAAAGGAGCUGCGAGCGGCUCUAGUCUUUUACGUAAGCAACUCAUUUAUUCAAGUCAAACUGGCGAAAAGGCUGGCAACAGUCAAACGAAUUUAGACAACCCGGCUGUAUUGGAACAGCAAUUGGAGGCUUUGGCAUAUCACAAACAGCAAAUGGAAAAGAAAGGGCUUUUGGGAUCACAAUCUCAAUUAACGAAACAAAUCCCUAGCAUUCCAAAAUUGUCCUCCACAUCUCUGAGUGGUCAUGCUAUUUCGAACAAAAUUACUUCACUUUAUAGCAAUCUGUCUUCUUCAACUCAUGGCGCAACUAACGACUCUAAGGCUGCAUUCAUACAUAUAUCUACUCAACCAGAAGAUAGCAUUUUUUACUCUAAUGUACAACAUACAUGCCCUCAAAAUUCAAUUCUUGCAAACGCUAAUGUUGGUUCAAAAUCUUUGCCUAGAAUGCUUUCCAUUUGUACAAACCCAUUGUCAGAAAAGGAGCUCGAUGAAGAUUUACCACCACCCCCUAGCCCAGUGAGCUCUUCUUAUAGUGAACUUCGACGAGCAAGUGAUGUCUUCAACAAAGCGAUAGAUUUCCAAGAAAAUAGUGCAAAUAAGCAGUCCUCACCAUCAAUAUCACAUACAAAUUACGCCGAUCAUUAUUCUUCACAUACGCCAUCUCUUAAGAGAUAUCAAAAUAAAGCGUGUACGGAUUCCUAUGGCUAUGGUGCAUUAUCUCAGAGCUCUUCCACAUAUGAUUCGAUAUAUGAGCCCAUAAAUCCACGCCCACCUAGUGAUAUAUCGUCACGUACCAAUUAUAAUAUAUAUGCAUCGUACGUAAAUCAAAGCAAUAUACAGAGCAGUUCGACAAGCGGAGACAAUGGACUUUUAGUAACGAGUGGUGCCACAACUCCUUUGUAUUGCAGAGGCGAAAAUGGUAUUACAAAUGGUAUUGGAUAUUCUAAAAAAAAUGAAAAUAUCGAAAGCACUAGCCAAUACAAUUUAACCCCCAUUAAUUCUGCGAGCGAAAUGGAGAGUUAUGGUCGAUGUUAUAAAUGCGGUGACCGCGUAUUAGGCGAGAACAGUGGGUGCACAGCCAUGGAUAAAAUUUACCACAUUUCCUGUUUCACUUGCACCGAAUGCCAAUUAAAUCUGCAAGGCAAACCAUUUUAUGCACUUGAAGGAAAACCAUUUUGCGAGUAUGAUUAUUUACAAACACUUGAAAAAUGUUCUGUUUGCUUGAAACCAAUUUUGGAGCGCAUUCUUAGAGCCACUGGAAAACCAUAUCAUCCACAGUGUUUUACUUGUGUUGUAUGUGGAAACAGUUUAGAUGCAAUCCCAUUCACAGUUGAUGCCACCAAUCAGAAUUAUUGCAUUGCUGAUUUUCACAAGAAAUUUGCGCCUCGGUGCUGUGUUUGCCAAGAGCCCAUUAUGCCAGAGCCGGGACAAGAAGAAACAGUGCGAGUAGUUGCCCUCGACCGCAGCUUCCACCUAGAAUGUUAUAAAUGCGAGGACUGUGCCCUCUUAUUGUCGUCAGAAGCGGAUGGUCGUGGAUGUUACCCUUUAGAUGAUCAUGUGCUUUGUAAAAGCUGUAAUGCUCGACGUGUUCAAGUUUUAACAAAUCGUAUGACCUCAGAACUUUAAAAAGCUUGUAAUAAAUAUACUCCCAAAUUA